UUUUUAGUAGUGGUAAGCACAGAGUAAUAGCUUUCACAAGCUCACAAAAAGGCAACAGGACAAGACCUCAAGCUCCACACAAAUGAUUGUAAAACACUUUUUAAAUAAACAGAUUGGUGACAUGGCUCCUGUGGUGAAAACUACAUGGAUAGCUGUGCUUUGUGUGGGGAUGGCAGUCAAGCUGGGUGUCUCUCUGGAAGAGGGCACAGAGCCGACUGAGCAGGACAGCAAAGAGCCCUGCGCCCGCUGGAUGAGGGGUGUUGCUGGCACACCUGGGUUUGAUGGCAUCCCUGGGCGAGACGGACGUGAUGGUCGUGAAGGGGAGACGGGAGAUAGAGCUGCUCCAGCCUCCGAGGGGCCUAAAGGAGAGCCUGGUGAGCCAGGGGACGAGGGGUCAACGGGGAAAAGAGGAUUUCCUGGAAACCCGGGUCUGAAAGGAGAGAAUGGAGAGAGUUCUUUUCCCUACCACUCAGCUUUUAGCAUGGGACUCACCGGUGAAGUCAGCACCGCCAGUGGAGCGCCCAUCCGCUUCACCAAGACCUACUACAAUGAGCAACAUCACUAUGAUGAGAUCUCUGGAAAGUUUCGCUGCACAGUCCCUGGGAUCUACUACUUCACUUAUCAUCUCACCAUCCACGGGAAAGAGACCAAAGUAGCCAUGUUUCAAAACGGCAAGACUGUGGCUUUUACACUUGACCAGUUUCACAGCGGAAAUGUGGAUCAGGCCUCAGGGGGGGCCAUUUUAAAUCUCGCAGCUGGAGAUGAGGUUUGGCUACAGCUGUAUGGUGAAGAUGCAUUUGAUGCAGGAAUUUACGCUGAUAACAACAAUGAUUCAACCUUCACUGGCUUCCUAUUGACUCCUAAAAUUCUAAGCAACCCAUUUGACAACCGCAGGCGCUAAAAUCCACCUCUUUCAGUCUGGGGCUAGUUGUCACAUGGUGAAAAUGUCACAAACUAUAUUUAAGUGACUUUGAAGUUUUAAGUCAACAGUCUGAAUUUAGAAAUGUUUGUUUUUGUGUUGCAGUGAUUUUGUUGUGUAUUCUAUAGCCAUGAGGAACAAAUAAAGAGAUCACUCCAAUUUUACCUGUAAUCAGCAUUUCUGCUUGUAUGGUGUGAAUUCCAGUCCAGUGUCUGUUGAAUUUGAACAGAAACAAACCUCAGGAAUGACAAAGUCGCCCCAAAAUCCGACUUAUUCAUAAAUUCAUGUAUUUUUCAACUGCUCCUAAAACACAUGUAAUAACAGUAUUGGGUUGUUUAAUCACGAAUAUGAACUUCUAGGUCUGCAGGAUCUUUUUACCAGCUUGUCCCAUUUUAGUCGUCUUCAAAUAAAUGCAAAUAAAAAAAAUGUUUUAUCUGGAAUUUAGGGAGAAAUGUCGUCUCCUGUAGUUAACAGAAUGAAACGAUCAUUUUACUUUAACACGUAUAACCCCAUAAGCAGUAAAUUCAGAAAAAAGAUAAUACUUUUGCAGUGGUCUCUUAAUUUUUUUGUGUAUUCUAAUUUCAGUAUCAUAUUUCUGUAUUAGUUGUAACAAUACAAACCACACCGGCAUACAUACAGUAUGACAACCAUUUAUUAAAGGUCGAUUUUGACCAAGAACGGGGCUUGUAUUUUUUUCUUAAAUGGCAGGUCAGGGCUUGUUGUAUUUCUAUCAGUACCCAGUGAAAAGUUUGAAAACUCACUGAAGUCUCCCUGUGCUUUCAGCCUACUGUUUUCAACAUGUUUGUGUUUUUUAUAUCACUGUGAGGUUUAAAUUAGAUUGAAGUUUUUGGUUCAUUCAGCAGUCUAUAUCCUCAGACUAAACAUCUAACCAGCUGGCUUUCUCCCAGUAUAGCAGUUGGAGUUCAGUUUGGCUCACUUCAUUCACUGAGAUAUUUAAUCAAUGUUCAAGGUCGAUCUAUGAUCACAUUUACACAGUGUUUCUGUGUCAUCACUAGUUAUUCCAAGUGUUACAUUAUGAAAGAAACUAAAGCAUCUAAAUCCCAAGCCUCUAAACUUCCAGCAUCUCACGGAAAAACUCGACUAAUUAUUGGAUUCACAUUAAUAACAUAGACACAGUUAAUAUUGUGUUUAUUUCUUUGAAAGUUACUAAAAAUUGACCCACUGAGACAGCAGUAC